GCAGCUCGCGCUUAUACGUAACACGGGAAGGAGUGUGACGUAAACAGAAUCCCAAAGAUGGCGGCGUUGGUCGUGCCCCGUCUGGCCACAUUUGGCUGCUUUUCAACAAGGCCCAUUUCAGUUUUUGCUAUUCAGCAGAAGAAUCUGCACAGCAGUGCUAAAAGCGAGAAUACCACCACGAGUGUGGUUCCAGUCAGAGAGAAAAGCACAGCAGUGGCAGCAGCCAAACCAGCAUCUGUAGCCAGCAGCAAGGGCGAGUAUGUUAUCACCAAGCUGGACGACCUGGUUAACUGGGCACGAAGGAGCUCUCUGUGGCCUAUGACCUUUGGUCUGGCAUGCUGUGCGGUGGAGAUGAUGCACAUGGCGGCGCCCCGUUACGACAUGGAUCGCUUCGGUGUGGUGUUCAGAGCAAGUCCCCGACAGUCUGAUGUCAUGAUUGUGGCAGGAACGCUAACCAAUAAGAUGGCUCCGGCUCUGCGUAAGGUGUACGACCAGAUGCCUGAGCCAAGAUACGUCAUCUCCAUGGGAAGUUGUGCCAAUGGAGGAGGCUACUACCAUUACUCCUACGCUGUCGUCAGAGGCUGCGACCGAAUCGUACCAGUGGACAUUUAUGUUCCAGGUUGUCCUCCCACUGCAGAGGCUCUCCUCUACGGGACUCUACAGUUGCAGAAGAAAAUCAAACGUGAGAAGAAGAUGAGGAUCUGGUAUCGGAAGUGAAUGUGUAAUAUGUGUGUUUAUCUGGUAUGUAAAUGAUGUAUUUCUGGUUUCAUUUGGAGCGUCGCUCCUCCUCCAUGUAGAGCUGCAGGAACUAACUUCAAUAAAGUCGUUGUUGUAAUUUACACAAGAAGCACUACUGCUUAUUUUCAACUAAACACAGCAGCAGCCAGUCAGCUCAGUUUUUCUCCUUUUCCAGAUCAGUAUUUAUGUUCACAGACACACAGUUUGAGCUUCUGUCAGAACUUCAACCAUAGAUGUGAUUCAUCUUUAUUCAUAGUUUGAAUAAGUUUCAUUCAUAGCCAUAAGAUAUGUGUCUCAUCUUACAUAAUCUGGAAUAUUAUUUUAAAUAAAUUCUGAUCUCAUGUGAA